UCUUUGUAUUGAACAGAGAAUGUAAUUAUUAUACAUUCUCUCUAUUGCAGCCACGUGCGUCAAAAUUAUAUUUAUGUCAAAUGUUUUGUUUUCAUUAUAUCUGCUAGUGAUUUAUAAAGUGUAAAAAAUAUUUUUACUCAUAUUAUGGAGAUACUUAAUUCAGUUAAAGAUGAACAAACGGCGGAUGACAAGGACGACCCGCAAAAAAAUAAAAAACGUAGGAAUCCUUUCAGUGUACAAUUACGGAAGGAAGAUAAAGAACGUCGGCAAAAGAAAAAAGCGCGUAUCAUUGUCAGAAAUAUAAGCUAUAAAGUAAAAGAUGAUGUUUUGCUAAAGCAUUUCAGCCAGUGGGGAACUGUUGAAGAUCUAAAUCUUCUUAAGCGCCCCGAUGGCAAAUUAGUUGGUUGUGCAUUUGUACAAUAUAGCUCUGUAAAUCAAGCAUCAAAGGCCAUUUUGAAAGGAAAUAAUCAGAAGUUCCUUGGUCGACCUAUAUACAUAGAUUGGGCGCUAGGCAAAGACGAGUAUACGAAUAAAAAAAAUGACAAGAAUUCUGAUGAGCCCGAUGAGAAAAAACCUAAAGUUGAACUUAAAGAAGAAGAUGAUAAAUUAAGUCAAACUUCUGUAAAAGAGGAUUCCAAAAAGCUCGAAGCUGAUAUCGAAGAUACUAAUAGUGAAGACGAUAGUGACAGUGAAAUGAUGGAAGACGACGACGACUCGGACUCAGAUGAUGACAAGAAAUCGAAAUCAAAUCUUAAAAUUGGCAGAGUGGAAAAAGAAAAACAUAUAUCAAAUGACGUUCAAAAUGGUUGUACGAUUUUUGUUAAAAACGUUAGUUUUGAUGCAGAGGAUGCUGAUUUGCGAAAAGUUUUCCGGAAAUUCGGUCCACUUCAGUACGCAAUUAUUAAUAGGGAGCAAAUUUCGGGGCAUUCUAAGGGGACAGCUUUUGUUAAAUUUAAAAAUAAAGAAUCUGCUGACCUUUGCCUACAAUCCGGAGGGGAGCUCGUUCUAAUGGAUCAGCUACUAGAACCAACUCCAGCUUUAAGUAGAGAAGAAAUUCAAAACCAAGAAAAACUAAAAUCGAAAAAAGAUGGAAAAGAUUCUCGUAACUUAUAUUUAGCGAGAGAGGGACUGAUUAUGGCUAAUAGCAAAUCAGCGGAAGGUGUAUCUGCUUCAGAUAUGACAAAGAGGCAUAAAUUAGAACAAAUAAAAACUCAAGUUUUAAAAAAUCUUAACCGUUUUGUUUCUCGUAAUCGUUUAUCCAUUCACAAUCUGCCUUUGAAUUAUGAUAACGACAAACUCAAGAAUAUGAUUAUGGCAUAUACAGGAUAUAGACCACAUGAAUGCAGAGUUAUGCGAGAAAAUAAGGUUACACCAGAACAUCCUAUGGGAAAAUCAAAAGGUUUCGGAUUUAUGUCUUUCAAUACUCAUCAAGAAGCUUUAUCAGCCUUGAGAAAACUUAACAACAAUCCAACAAUAUUCGGAACACAACAUCGACCAAUUGUAGGCUUUAGUAUUGAAGAUCGGGCUGUGGAAAAAAUAAAAGAGAAGAGAAAACAAAAAUCAAAAGUUAAUAAUCCUACUUUCCAAGAAAAAUUAAAAAAGAAAAAGGAAAUUCGAAAUUUGAAAAAGCAAGGAAAACUAAACAAAAAGGCCAAUGCUGUUCAAAAUGAUGACAAGGAUAAACUGAAAAAGCAAAUACUACAAUUAGAGGAGUCGAGGCAGCAGUCCACACAAAGUAAAAAUUCUGCAAGGGAAGAAUUCGAUGAUUUUGUUGGUACAGCCGCGAAAGCCGGCUCUAACAUACGUUUACGGUCAAACAAAAAAAUUGCAGAGCAAGCUCAAGAACACAAAAAAAAUGUUAAAGCCAAUAAACGAAAGGAGAAAGCCAAGAAAAUUCGUCAAAUACAUUUAGCUGAACGAAAGGAUAUUGAGAGACCCAAACAAGGAAAGAGAGAAGAACGGGAUGAUUUAGAGCAUCUGGUUAAAAAAUAUAAGCGUCUAAUAGAUAGUCAGGCUAAUAUGGGAGGAUUAAGAGGAAACCAAGAGGAAACUCCGCAAAUACCAAAAAGAACAAAAUGGUACGCAGAGUAAUGUUUUUAUCAACUCUUAUUAGUGUGUGAGAAUGUAAAUAUGUAUGUAUAUACCCUAAGGUAUAAUUGAAAUUAUGUUUAUGUUUUAAAUAAAGUUUAAUGAUGA